GGGAACCGGGAAGAAAGGGCAGGGCCGGUGUGCUCGUGCCCGUGUUUGGCGCUUGGGCGGGGGCGCGCCAGUGCGCGCGCAGGAGGGAAGCCAGCCCGGACGGCCGUUGUCGGGUUCGACUGGAGGGGCGGUGAAGUCACCUGCGAGCGGCUGCGCCCGCCGCGUCCGAAUCGCGCUGGCCUCGCGGGGCCCCACGCACCCUGCGAGGCUGGGGCCGAGGAGCAGGCAGAGUCCGCGCCCGGAGUCGGCGACGAGGAGGAGGAGGAGUCGCACCCUUGGCGCCGCCGCCCGCGCCCGGGCGGGUAGGUACCAUGGAGGUUAUUAGCAAAAGAUGGUGGAUCGCCUGGCGAACAGUGAAGCAAACACCAGACGCAUAAGUAUUGUGGAGAGCUGUUUCGGGGCAGCCGGUCAGCCCUUGACCAUCCCUGGGCGGGUGCUUAUUGGAGAAGGAGUAUUGACUAAGCUGUGCAGAAAGAAGCCGAAAGCGAGGCAGUUUUUCUUAUUUAAUGAUAUUCUUGUAUACGGCAACAUUGUUAUCCAGAAGAAAAAGUACAACAAACAACACAUUAUUCCCUUGGAAAAUGUCACCAUUGAUUCUAUCAAAGAUGAAGGGGAAUUACGGAAUGGAUGGCUUAUUAAGACACCGACUAAGUCGUUUGCAGUGUAUGCUGCCACUGCCACGGAGAAGUCCGAGUGGAUGAACCACAUAAAUAAGUGUGUCAGUGAUUUACUCUCCAAGAGUGGGAAGACGCCUAGCAACGAGCACGCUGCUGUCUGGGUUCCCGACUCGGAGGCCGCCGUGUGCAUGCGCUGUCAGAAAGCAAAGUUCACACCAGUGAAUCGGCGGCACCAUUGCCGCAAAUGUGGCUUUGUUGUUUGUGGUCCCUGCUCUGAAAAGAGAUUUCUCCUUCCCAGCCAGUCUUCUAAGCCUGUGCGGAUUUGUGACUUCUGCUAUGACCUGCUUUCCACGGGGGACAUGGCCGCGUGUCAGCCGACUAGAUCAGACUCUUACAGUCAGUCGUUGAAGUCUCCUUUAAAUGACGCAUCUGAUGAUGACGAUGACGAUGAUAGCAGUGACUGAGGACAUGCCGUGAAGUAUUUAAUUGACUGAGAAUCAGCUUUGGGGGAAGUGUAAAACUCCUGGCGCCCUCAGUUUUGCUCUCGCCAUGACUGCCCGAGAAGGUCUUACUUACCCUCUGUGCCUCUGUAUCCUGUAGAAA